AUGAAGGCCUUUGCAUUUCUCAAUGGCUCCAAAAAGAGCCAACAAAAUCGACAGCGCGGCGAGCAAGGUAGACAGCUCUCUAUAAUGGUCAAGAAUACAAGAACUAGCAGUGAAUACGACCAGAACGAACAGCAAUCGUCGACGAGACCUUCCCCUUCUCCAGCACCUUCGACUAGAUCUUUCUUCUCGUCGCGCUCUUCGUCUGGCCGCACCGGCACCAGCGGGUACGAAUCAGUACCACUUACUCCAAACCAGAGUAGCAGUUCAAAAUCACGACCGAGUCUUUCAUUGGCCUUUGGUAGACCAUCUCCUGCUCCACCCUCGCCUCACGAAGACGCCCUACCCGAGCAGAAGCCCCGCUCUCCUGUCUAUACCCGUUUCAUCUUCAGUAAAUCAUCUCCACAAUUGCCACAGGAUCCUAUAGGUCCACUAUCUACCAGCAAUCCGCCGGAGCCUCCAUUCUCCGCCCCUCCAGUGCCCCUCCUCCCAGCACGAUUCGCCACUCCCGAACCUGUUGUACCAUUGUGGGCUCUUCCGUCAUCACCAGCUCAAGAUUCAUUUGCGACUCAACGGGCUACAUUGAAGCCUCCUAAGGCUAGCUCAUCCGUCGAGGCGUUCAAAGGGCCGUUGUCUGAGAACUCUGUAUCGGAGAGCGUGUUGCUACAACGAAGGCGCGCCAAAACGCCGCUUACGCCCCAUUCUUCUGCUUCUGGCUCAUCACAUCAUACAUCAUACUAUCGACCUCGUGGAGAGAGCCAUUCCUCUCGAGCUAGAAGCGAGAGCAAUUCAUCUAGGGCGAGGAGUGAAAGUAGUGCCUCCUCUCGCAGUGGCGGAGGUUCGUAUAGACCAAAGGCGAAACCUCCUACAACCCAUUUAGAUGACAUAUGGGGAGGAUUUUUAAAAGAAAUCGACGAAGAUAUCGCCGAUUUACGUAAUACUCCCGUCAAGGCAAGGCCGAGGGAGACAACCAACUUGUCUACCCCUGUGGCGACUCCCAGAGAAGACGUCCCCGCCCUUCCCGUAAUCACUCCCCUGGUUACCCGCCAAAGCGAUAUUAGCCAUACCAUUCAACCAAAUAACACUGCCGAAGGCGGCUCGAUUCACUCUUUAACAGUUCCUUCUGACACAUUGACUAUCCACCAUUCUCCGUCUCAUGUUCAAAACUCCAAAUCAUCGGAUUCUCUAUCUUCGUUACCAUAUUUAUAUUCCCCCGAUGUUUCACUAGACUCCUCACCUGUUCCCACCUCUUCACCUGCUCCGAAACGGACUAAAGCUAAAGCAAUAUCGAAAGAAGACGAUCUGCGCCCCACAUCCGCUGACUCUCAAUUUUCCCAGUUCUCUCUCAGUCUCUUCCCCUCCCCUCCUUCUAUACCCAUUAUUCGCCCUACAACCGACAAGGGAACAUUUCGUACUGAACGAGAUGAUAAGGAAGCGGAAUAUGGAGUGACGGGUGAUUCUUAUAUUUUCAAAUCUAUCCUCCCCUCUUCUCGUCAGCCAGGCGGCCGUAGGGUCUUGAUCAUACCUAAAGGCAACCAGACGGCUGGAUCGACAAGCGUUUCACCAACAGAAUCAAAAUUCCUACUAGAAUCGAACCCAAAUGUGCGAUCGGGGCAAAGCGUUGUCCUCGCCGGCCAGCGUAGUGUUUCUAGUUCAUCACUACCGGCCAUAGAGGAGCAACUAUCGCGCCUACGUGAAACUUUAUUUGAUAAUCCGGAUAUGGUUCGUUCAAAACCUGGUACCCUUCCAGACAGUUCCUCAGCCCUUGCCACCAAAUCUCUGGUUGAGGCUAGUAACAAAAUGUCAAAAGAUGCUCCUAAUGGAAUCUUUGGGAAGAGUGAUCAAGUUCAAGUUGUGGUCACCUCCGAUGUGACAUCUCCAGAGGAAACCUCCAGACCUGCCUUUUCAGACGUUAACCUUCAAUGGGGUUACGCCCUCUGA